AUGCAGAUCCUGCCAGGAGAGGAGGAGAUACAAGAUCUUCUGUUAUGCCAGCUCAACACUUCGUGCCAGAAGCAGGUUCGCUCCAGGAACGAGUCUGCUCUCGUCUACACAGCCCUCUCCUUUGUGUCUCUGCUGACGGUGCUGCUCAACAUGCUGGUCCUCAUCUCCAUCUCCCACUUCAGGCAGCUCCACACCCCCACCAACGUCCUGAUCUUCUCCCUGGCCCUGGCCGACCUGCUGGUGGGAGCACAGAUGAUCCCUCUGGAUAUGAUCACCAGAUCCAACCCCUGCUGGUACCUGGGCAGGCUGAUGUGUGCUCUGGUCCCAUAUACCAGCACAGUCUCUACCUUCUCCUCGGUAUGGAACCUGGCUCUCAUAUCUGUCGACCGCUACAUGGCUGUGUGUGAACCACUCCUGUAUCCCUCCAGGGUCACGAUGAGGAGAACUAUUUUAUCUAGUGUCCUGAACUGGAUUUGUUCUGUAAUUUACUGUGGGUGUUUUCUGAUGGACCACUUGGGUAACUCAAAUGCAUACGACAGCUGUACUGGACUGUGUGUGUUCAUAUAUUUACCCAACUCUGGUAUUGUCGACCUUUUGGUCUCAUUUAUUUUCCCUUUUGGCAUUAUCAUUAUUCUUUACGUGAGAAUAUUUGUUGUGGCAAUCUCCCAGGCCAGGAGCAUCAAAUUCAACUCACUGAAUACUGACUUGAUGAAGAAGAGCAAAUCUGAGAGAAAAGCAGCAAAAACUCUCAGUAUAGUUAUAGUAGUUUAUCUGCUUUGUUUUACUCCAUACUUCUUUUCAUCUUUCUUUUAUAAUUGGUCCUCACAGAUCAAUAUGAUUUGGAUUUAUCAGAUGAACUCCUGUCUCAACCCUCUGAUCUAUGCUUUCUUUUACCAGUGGUUUAAAAAGUCUGUGAAAUGCAUCAUAACCCUGAAGAUACUGCAGCCCUUCUCCUCUGAACUCAACCUGAUGUAGUGUCUAUUUUACAUUGUCCACCUUCUCACUGUGUCUCAGAGGGAGACAGGGUUUUAAUGGUUUGAUAAAUGAUGAAAUGACAAUGAGUUACUAUUCCUGCUCAGUGCACUGUGUGACUGUGCUUCAACCGUCCAUUUUCGAUAUACUACGGUAAUCAUGGGAUAUUUAUCAUAUUUGACUCAAUUUAUAUGUUAAUUAUAUACCUGCUAUAUACCUGCUGAGUCUGCACAGGGUUACUGUUCUAGUCCAAAGUUAAAGGAAAUUAAAGC